AUGGGGAAAAAAGCCGAGAAGAUAACAUGCUACAGCUAUGAGGGAAACAAGGCAUACCCAAAUAACGUCAAGUGCCCUAAUUCCGAUUCCUGCUGUGAGACUGUUGAACAAUGUCGUCCGGACCGCCUCUGCACGUCCAAGGAUGACCCGAAGACCCUGAUAAGAGCUCCCUGCGUGCAUCGACCGUGGACAAAUAGCUGUGCUCAAGUAUGUUUGUACGACAAAAAGGAUACACUCAUCUUACCGCGCGCUGUGAUUUGCGAGCAGCCAGGGCCUGCAAAUGGGAGCUACUGCUGUGACGACAGCCAGACAUGCUGCAUCGAUAAGGCUGGAUUCUUCCUGGACGAUAACGGCCUUCUCAUCGGACGAGCAAACGAGACAGAAAACCAUCCAACACGAACGCCCAGUCAAAUCGGAGUGCCGGCCUCCAGCACAGAGCCUACGAGUACCACGUCCAGGAGACCAAGUUCGUUAACACAUAAUGAGUUCGGACUAGCGACGACAACGAAAAUUGGCAUUGGUGUGGGCGUGGGUGUACUAGUUCUACUACUCAUCAUUGCCGGGACCUUGCUAUUCCUUCGUAGGAUGUGGAGGAAGAAGAGAAACCGGAGAAGCAUGUCACCGUUAGGGGAGCAGAGAUGCCAGUCUGGAGACGAGGAGGUCAAGGGAUAUGUACCAGCCCAGGAAGACAAACAUGAGUUCCCCGGCGAGGCUUGGACUCCAGAGCUUGACGGGAAUGGUAAAGGGGACGCUCGCAACAACGGUCCGCCAUCAGAGUUGCCGUCGACUACCCAGGUGAACACAAAAGCAAACGCCGCCGAGUUACCUGGUGAACAACAUGCUCUAAUACCGCUCCAGUCUUGA